UUUUAUAUUGAAUCUUGAACAUGAUGAAGGGAUAUUUUCUGAUCACGUUAGCUUUGCUAAUAACUCUGGUCACUGCCGCAGAAAAAUAUCCUGAAAAAUAUGACAAUGUAGACGUGGAUGCGAUCCUUGGAAAUAAUCGUGUCCUUACUAACUACAUUCGUUGCAUGAUGGACGAGGGACCCUGCACUGCCGAAGGUCGCGAACUAAGAAAGACUUUGCCGGAUGCUCUAUCGUCCGAUUGCAGCAAAUGCAACGAUAAACAGAAAACUACCGCGGGAAAAGUGAUCAAUCAUCUUAAAACAAAACGAACCAAAGAUUGGGAUCGACUCAUUAGUAAAUAUGACCCACGUGGAGAAUAUAAAAGGCGCUAUGAGCAAUAAUUUUUUAGAAUUAUUUCAAGAUUAUCAUUACAUUUUACGUUACAUAAAAUACAACUUACUGAAAUACACAAUACUAACUAAUAUGUAGAUGCACAAUGCAUUGUGUGACAAAUGAAAUCCGGUGAAAUAUGCAUACAACAAAUGUAAAAUUUAAUAAACCACUCUACUCACUGA